UCUCUCAAUAAAUGAUUUCGAUGGCAUACUGAGCUUGUCCUCUGCCAUUUGAUGACACCAACGUUGAAAAUCCGACUCGGUAAAAGGUUCGUUUGAUAAAACAUUAGCCUCAAAAACUCUCUUUGAUUUACCAUGAUAGCAUUCUAGAUACGUUUUUGUGAGAACACCUUCAACACGGUAAGGCUUACGCCCUUCAGAGAUUCCUUUAACUUGACAUAAUCUGUAUACGCCUUUACCAUCUCUUUCCCCGAUUUUUACUCGUAUAAAGCAACCAGUAAUUGUGGUUUCGAAUGUAGGGUGAUACAUAUAUUCAGCAACAUGCUUACGACCCAUGCGAAUACUAUUCAGGUCCGACAACCCGACCUUCACUUCAUCCUUUCCUUCCAGGUCUGUAGGAGAAUAAGGAGAAGCUUCUGCUUCACUUUUUUCGGAUUCCUCUUCAUAAUCUGACGUAAGACCUUCUUUCUUUGACUUAAAUGUUGGUUCGUCGGGCUUAAAUGUUCGUUCUUGGCGCCUUUUCUUUAGUUCUGUCAAUUUAUCUCUUUUACCGGCUGCAGUCGAGGUCAAUGGUUUGUCACGAGUAGACUCUGAAGAAUUUGUUAGUAUAAAAAAGAACUCUACUUCAAAUAGUAUGUACGUACUUCUUGUUGUCUGUGCAGCAUAUUGAUUAUUCUGUUGACGAAGACGAAUGGCCAGCUCUCGUCUUUCCAUUAAUUUGGAUAUUUCUUCUUCACGUUCAAAGAGAAUACUUUCUCUUUCAAUUUCGGACAUGGCCAUAAUUCUAAAUCCAGUCAGCUAUCCGAAUUCAAUUUGCCAAAGAGUUUACCUUGCUCGAUCUGCUUCAUCUUUAAAUUUGCCUUCUAGCAGAUAUGGAUUUUGGUAUUUUUCCUCGAAAUCUUCUUCAGAUUCACUUUCUUUAUCAUUUACUUCGGAAUUUUUGGAAUUGAAAUCAUUUUCAUCGCCUUUUUCUUCGUCUGAACUACUACUCAAAUCAUCGUCCCUAAAAACCGUGUCAAUUCAGGAUUUCUUGACAAAAAAAAGCAGCAUACAGUUCAUCAUGCAAUCUUUUACGAUCAUUUCCCAAACCCGCAUCAUCUACACCAGCUAACGCUAACAAUUCAUCUUGAAAGUCAGCCAUGUUGGUGAAGGAUAGGUUCACGUCCCGUACUAGUUUACUACAACAUAGCAACUACUGUUUAGGUGAACUUGCGUACACCUUACAAGAACAUGUUACAGAGGUGAAGAAGUGAUUGGAUUCAUGGUAAAAAGAUAUGCAUAAUUUUGUAAAAGUAAAUGUUUCGGUAGAGAUUUGACUGUGACCUAGGAAGUAUAUCGAUCGAAGUUCAAUCUCAUAAAAUAUUAUUUUAUUAAUUUUUAAUUAUUGUUAAUACUUUAUAAAGACUGUUUUGCUGCUACUGUUAGUGGGAUUGGAAAAAUAACACUUAAUUCAUUCACCUGGGCCAAAGCGGUACUGUACUGUAAAGUAUUGAUAGCAUAACGAAAUGAAUUAUGCUUUGAAAGCAAUAUUGGAGCUUUGUAUAGAGGAAGAUCUCUUAUUAAAAGCUCUAGGGGUUUUACAGUAUAUAAUUCAGGUGUCUUCUGCAAGAGUCCCAGCUUGCUAUAUUCAGUUAUGCUUAACUCUUCUUGUUAAUCCUGAAUACUCACAAGUGAAUCUUCAAGAAACUAGUCGCUGGGUGCUUCUACAAAUUUUAGAGAAAGGAUGCAAAGACAAUCUAGUAGCCUGGUCAUUUGAGACGGAACUUUCCGACUUUGAUAGUCCUCGUGAUGAAAGCUUGUUAGUUUUUUCUAUGCAUAAUCUGUUUACGAAAGACGUUGAUUUUUGGGAUUUGGUAGCAUACACGUUUGCAAUUCCCGAAGAUAUGAAUCGAUGGCUUCUCUUGCUAGAAAUUUGGAUACUGGCCUUAGAUUCCGAUGCGAAGUUAAAUAAUUCUUUAUUAAUGAAAGAAUACUUGGGUGAAGAAUAUUGUGAAUUAGAUGAUGCAGUAGAGAUUAUCUUAACUGGUUUUCUGCCAAAGCAACGACCAUAUGAUUCUCCUUUUUCGGAAGAUGAUCAGAAAGAUCAUAGAAAGACCGCGGGAAAGGCAUAUUUGUCGAAUGAGACUACUCAAAAACUAGAAAAGUAUGCGGCCCACCUGCUUCAAUUGGUUUGGCUUUCACUUCCCAAAGGCCUUACAGUCGUUGUACAACUAACAAAAUCCUAUCAUUUUUUGAACCAAAUCGACUUUCAUUUGGAGUUUUUGCCUCCACAAAAACAACAGCGAGCUUUUCAGGCACUUGGUAACUCUUCUCUUCGAUAUUGUUUGAGUCAGUAUUGUAUAAUGAAAGGGGCAGGCAUAUCUGUAAAUAUUCGUCACGUAUUGGAUAGUUCGACUCAGCAUCUUGAUUCACUUUCACGAGGUUUUAUCCCGAAAAAGAAAAAUCGUCAGAUCUUUCAUUUAAUAAGCUGGACGUUUUUUUUUUCCUCUUUGCUAUCUGCAGACUCUACUAGUUUACAGAAAAACAAACGCCUAUUGUUGCUAGAUAAAAUGAGACAGCUUUAUUUGGCUUAUGAGCAACUUAAUACGGAAAAAGUCAUUAGUUUCCUGAAGCCUUUGGCUACUUUAAUUUAUAUAUUAGAGCACUCAGACAGUGGAGCAAUUCAAGGAUGACAAGGCCUUUUUGAUAAUAAAAAAAGUUAUAUUUAUACUAGUUAAACUCAGUAUAUAUUAUGAAGAUAAAGAG